AUGAGAAGCCUUGUAUUGGUGUCCAUGCUGUUCCUCGCGCGGGCUGUUGUGAGCUUGACGCCUGCAGAAUGGCGCAGUCAGUCAAUCUAUUUCCUUUUGACAGAUCGUUUUGGCCGUGAAGACAAUUCUACCACUGCCUCAUGUAACAUCAGCGACCGGAUUUAUUGCGGUGGGAGUUGGCAAGGGAUCAUCAACCAUCUAGACUACAUCCAAGAUAUGGGAUUUACCGCCAUAUGGAUCACGCCAGUCACGGAACAGCUCCCCCAAGACACUGGAGACGGCGAAGCGUAUCACGGAUACUGGCAACAGGAGAUAUACAAUAUCAAUUCAAAUUAUGGCACUGCUGCCGAUCUUUUGGCCCUCUCAAAAGCCCUACAUGAGCGAGGAAUGUAUCUUAUGGUAGACGUAGUCGCGAACCACAUGGGGUAUGACGGAGCCGGUAACGCUGUUGAUUACAGCGCAUUCAACCCGUUUGACUCAUCGUCGUAUUUCCACCCCUACUGUGAAAUCACCAACUACUCCAACCAGACCAAUGUCGAGGACUGCUGGCUUGGCGAUACAACUGUCUCUCUGCCAGAUCUAAAUACGGAAUUGUCCUCUGUUCAGACAAUAUGGUAUGAUUGGGUAGCAGAGAUUGUUUCGAACUAUUCCAUUGACGGCCUUCGCAUUGACACUGUUAAACACGUGCAACAAUCGUUCUGGCCCGGCUAUAACAGUGCCGCGGGUGUCUAUUGUGUCGGGGAAGUCUUUGACGGCGAUCCUACUUAUACAUGCCCGUAUCAAAAUUACCUGGAUGGUGUUUUGAAUUAUCCAGUCUACUACCAACUGUUGUAUGCAUUCGAAUCUUCUAGUGGUAGCAUCAGCAACCUCUAUGACAUGAUUAACUCCGUGGCAUCUGACUGUGCUGAUCCAACCCUGUUGGGAAACUUCAUUGAAAAUCAUGACAAUCCUCGAUUUGCCUACUAUACGGAGGAUUAUUCGCAAGCCAAAAAUGUCAUUUCCUUUGUGUUCUUCUCUGAUGGCAUUCCCAUUAUCUACGCGGGCCAGGAGCAGCACUAUAAUGGCGGUAAUGACCCUGACAAUCGUGAGGCAACCUGGUUAUCAGGAUACUCCACAACAGCUGAGCUAUACGGGUUCAUUGCCUCCACAAAUAAGAUUCGCGCCCAGGCGAUUUCUUCAGACUCUUCAUAUAUCACCACUAAGAACGACCCAUUCUAUACAGACAGUAAUACCAUCGCCAUGAAGAAGGGGUCAAGCGGCUCGCAGGUCAUUACAAUUCUCUCGAACAUGGGUGCCUCUGGCAGCUCGUACACCCUAACCCUUAGCGGCAGUGGAUAUUCUUCUGGCACUAAGCUUAUGGAAGUAUAUACGUGUACCUCCGUAACUGUGGAUUCUAGUGGAGAUAUCGCCGUCCCGAUGGAAUCUGGAUUACCUCGAGUCUACAUGUUGGCCUCUUCUGCCGGCUCACUUUGUGGCUCUUCCACUUCCACGACAGCGAUUAUGACUAUGACGGCCACGACGACUACUACUACGACAACGGCCACAGCUGUGCCAGUUCUUUUUGAGGAAUUAGUGACUACCGUUUACGGACAGAACAUUUACAUUUCAGGCUCUAUCAGUGAGCUCGGGGAUUGGGAUACCGAUAACGCAGUUGCACUAUCUGCAAGUGAAUAUACUUCAUCCGACCCUCUGUGGCGUGUCGCUGUGACUCUCCCGGCUGGCACCUCGUUCCAGUACAAAUUUAUCGAGAAGACUGACGGGUCCAGCUCAGUCACGUGGGAAAGCGACCCUAAUCGGUCGUAUACGGUGCCAACCACCUACACUGGGUCAACUGCGACUGUGACAGCAACAUGGCGGUAA